AUGAUUAAAAAGGUCGAACGCGACGACAAGAGCAAAUUGCAAGCAAUAGUAGAUAUUGUCGAGAUGAAGAAGAAGAUGGAGGAAGAGAGGGACAAGUGUGACAGGCAGGAGCAAGCCGAGAUGAUGAAGAGAUAUAGCGAACAAAAGAAGGUUAAGAGCAGGAGUGAUCAUGGUGAUGAUGUAAUGGAAGAUGGAGAGAGCAGAAAGAGGAAGAGAGAUGUCGAGACGGGGAACCACAUGGACAUCGACGUGCUGAUGUGA